UCCAUCUCACCGUCCAGAUUGACGCUAAAAAUUGAGUGUACAGCAGCAACCGCCACUUGUCCAUCUAUAAUGUUCGUCAGUGGUAACUCUAUUAAACCUCCUCGCCGUCCCUCCUCACAACUCACCACCUGCUCGCUCGCUUUCUCUCUCUCCACUCUCUCAGAGAGAAAAAGAAAGGAGCAGAGCGAAGGACCAAAUCUCAACAAGAAAAUCACCCUAUUAAUCUCCGCUCGCCUAAUUAUAGCUACCCAAACCUGCAUUCUCCAUUCAAAACGCAUAUAUAUCCACACACGCGUACGCACUAUAAAAACCGCAGCUUCUUUUUUGAUCUUUAAUUUUUCCAUUAUUCGGACGCAAUGAAGCUCAAGCACCCUUCUAAUUCGGCAUCGCAAAGCCUGACUUCAUCGGAUACGCGCCUCCUCGUGCGCGAGUCCCUCCGCAUCAGCGCCGACCUCGCCUCGGCGGCUCCGCCAUCACCCCCCGCCGCUGCUAAGGCGGCUCAAGAGCGGCCGUUGGUUCCUGAUUCCAGCUUUGUUGGGCUUGUCAAGGAUCAAUUCCUCGAUUCGAGCCUGAGGUUGAUCUGCUGCGAGGAGGUUGAUGGCAGGCGGUGGCAAUACCUCGCCGAAAAUAGCUACAACGAUGGCAUCAAAAGUAGUAGCGCCAAGCAAUCGAAGAAGAAUUCCAUUCGUGCUGUUAGUUUGCAGACUCCCCAGGCUCCCAUUGAGGAGCUGAUGACAUUUAUAAGGUCCUAUGUCGUCCCAGAAGGUUUUCCUGACAGUGUGACACCUUCUUAUGUGCCAUACAUGACAUGGAGAGCUUUGAAGCACUUCUUUGGCGGAGCUAUGGGUGUUUUUACUACGCAAACACUCCUUAGCUCACUUGGAGUAUCUAGAAAUACUACAUCAGGCGCUGUAGCUAUCAAUUGGAUCCUCAAGGAUGGUGCUGGACGGGUUGGGAAGAUGCUUUUUGCCCGCCAGGGAAAGAAAUUUGAUUACGAUCUAAAGCAGCUUAGAUUUGCUGGUGAUCUCCUAAUGGAGUUAGGAGCUGGAGUAGAGUUGGCAACAGCAGCUGUUCCCCAUCUAUUUCUUCCAUUGGCAUGUGCAGCUAAUGUUGCUAAGAAUGUUUCUGCUGUGACUUCAACUUCAACUCGAACUCCAAUUUACAAAGCGUUUGCUAAGGGAGAAAAUAUUGGAGAUGUGACUGCCAAGGGAGAAUGUGUUGGAAAUAUUGCUGAUCUGCUUGGAACUGGACUCAGCAUUGUGAUUUCUAAAAGGAACCCAUCCUUGUUCACUACAUUUGCUCUGCUCUCUUGUGGAUAUCUGAUGAGCUCGUAUAAAGAGGUCAAAUCAGUUGUUUUGCAUACACUUAAUCGUGCACGAUUCACUGUGGCUGUGGAAUCCUUCCUGAGUACAGGACCACGUUUUAAAGAUGCAUUCCAAGAUCCCAAUUCAUAUCUCACGUUGGAACCAAUUUUUGAGAAAGAACGAUACAUUGUGACCUGUAAUCCUUCUAAAGGAAAAAUCUAUGCUUUGUUCAAGGAUCAAGCGAAGUCUGAUGAUAUACUGAAAGCAGCUUUUCAUGCUCAUGUGCUUCUUCACAUCAUCUGUUCCUCCAAUCAGAACUCACCGACCUCUAGAACACAAGAACAUGAUCUUUCAGUUGUAUCCCCUACUUUGGGUGAUCUUCAGUCUCAUAUUGCAGAAUCAUACAAGAUGGUUUCCGCUUUAUAUGAACCUUUUAAAAACAAAACUAAAGAACAGGGAUGGGUUAUGUCAGAAUCUCUACUUAACCCGGGCAGAGCUCGAUUAUGUUUUAGAAAUGAGAUUGGGGUUGUGGUUUUGGGUCUUUGGAUACCUGCUGUUGGGUGGUCCUCGGCCGCCAGGGAGGCUGCACUUAGGCUGUCAUUACGUGCGAUCACAGGUCCAAAUGGCUCGGUUCCAACUUUCGAUGAAUUUGCGCUGCGCGAGAUUUACGAUGGAUUGAGCGAUGAUCUUCGCGUAAGGGUGGGACAGCACUUCUGGGACCUAGAUUCGAGGUAUCUGGAUGGCCUUACCGAUGGGAAAAAGGAAGUGGAGCACUGUAAGUUUCUGGUAGGUGUUUACUACAAGCACGGAUAUGGUUUGGGCUUCAUGUUUGCGGCUUACUUGGAUGUCGUGUGCACAGCUAAGCAAAAUAUUGCCAAUUGGAUUCCAGUCUUUAUACUUGUUCCAGGAGCUGAGGUCACUCAAGCAAUGGUGACUCAGCAUAUUCACACUGCUCUAGUGAAGGUUCGUUUGUAUCGAGUGACGAGAGGGACUCUUGGUGGAAGAUACAUUGUCAGAGAACUUCUGUUUGUUGUUAGCGAUGUGGGCGUCCCACAAGUGUUUGCUGGGGGAUGGUCUCCAGCAAGUCUAACAUUCCUCAGCAACACUUGUGGGACGCCCACAUCGCUAACAGCAAAAAAAAUUUGA